AUGGAGAAUGGGAGCAAUGUUCUAAGUCAUGUUCCGGUCAUUCCACUGCUGAUAGACAACGAAAACAUAGUCACCGAGGUGAAAUUCGACGUUGUAAGUCCGUUGAACAACCAAUGUUGUCAUCAAAGCAGUAGUGCUUCAACUGUGGAAGCCAAUGCGGCUGUACAAGCUGCACAAGCUGCCUUUCUACAAUGGUCGAAGCUGAAGCCUAAUGUUCGGCGGCAAUUUCUCUGGAAAGCAGCAGAUUUCAUGGAUUCGGUCCAGGAUGAACUGGCUCGUUACCAGCAGGAAGAAAUGGGAGCUGCGUUAGACAACGCUUACCGUGCGGUCAAGCGUGCGUCAGAUCUACUGCGAGAUGUUGCUGCUAUGAUUCCCCUUGUCGAAGGGACCAUGCCGUCCGUUGCGCAGGAGGGUCAGGCUGCAGUAGUCUUGAAAGAGCCGUAUGGUGUCGUCUUGGGGAUUGCUCCUUGGAACUCACCGUUCAUGCUGGGUAUGCGUGCGGUUGCUCUGCCACUUGCUGCAGGUAAUACUGUCAUUCUCAAGGGAUCGGAGUUGUCGCCAAAAUGCUUUUGGGCACUUGGUCAGAUCUUUAGCAGGGCUGGUCUGCCUAAAGGUUGCGUGAAUGUGAUAUUUCACCGGCCAUCGGACGCAGUCGAAGUCACAAAUACAUUGAUUGCUAAUCCAGCUGUAAGAAAACUAAGUUUUACUGGUAGCACUCAGGUUGGUCAUGCGAUUGCGUCUGUCGCUGGCAAUUUUGGGAAACCAGUGUUGCUGGAACUUGGUGGGAAGGCACCUUGCAUCAUACUUGAUGAUGCAGACUUGCAAGAAGCUGCCUCAGGAUGUCUAAUUGGCGCAUUUAGGGGCGCCGGGCAAAUUUGCAUGUCAACGGAGCGCAUCAUCGUCCAGCGAAGAGUUGCCGAAUCCUUCCGUACCAUUUUGAUCGAGAAAGCUCAGGGAAUGCUUGGUGCCUCUUCACCUGUACCCAAUUUAGUAUCAGCCGCUUCGCGUAAAAGGAUUCAAAGCCUCGUCUCUGAUGCUCUGCAUAAAGGCGCUGAAAAGCUGUUCGCACCUCCUGAUACUAAGGAUCAAACAAUCUCUCAGAUGCAGCCUAUCAUCCUUGAAAACGUCUCCCAAGACUCAGAUCUGUAUCACAUAGAAGCAUUCGGGCCACUAGCCUCUUUAUUUGUUGUGGAUUCGGAAGAUGAGGCAAUUGAACUUGCGAAUAAUACCGAAUACGGCCUCACUGCUGCAGUUUACACUAGCAGCCUCACGAGAGGGUUCAAAGUUGCUAGUCAGAUCCAAUCUGGUGCUGUCCACAUCAAUUCGCCUACUAUUCACGAUGAAACUGUGCUACCACACGGAGGUGUUAAAAGCAGCGGGUAUGGUCGAUUUGGUGGUAUUCGUGCACUGGAUGAGUUUUUGCAGACGAAAGUUAUUACAUGGAAAACAGACUGA